ACUCCUUCAUCUCCUUGAUUCGAGGUGAUAUAUAAGAGAGGGUCUGCUGUGCUGCUGCUGUUUGAGAGAAGGAUAGAGAUUGUCUGGAAGUACUGCAGAACGAAAUGAAUCAAUACCUUGUGUCUGCUAUAUGUCUGUUAUCAGUCCUUCGGCCGUGUCUGGCGCACUCUUGGAUUGAUAUUCUCUAUGCGACUGACCCCGAUACUGGAACAAUCAGGUCUACCGGCUACAUCCGCAACUACCAGGGCCACAUCGACCUGGACGAAACCUACCACCUCCUCGACCCGACCGCCGCUUCGGCAGUCUGCGCCUCGAACCAGCAGACCGCGACAUACUCCUCCGAAUACCCGAUGCUGACCGCCCGUCCCGGCGACAACAUCACCGCGCACUACGAAGAGAACGGACAUGUGACGCUGGACUCGCUCGCACCGGAUUACAAGCCUCAUCCGGGCUACUACGCGUGGCUGUGGACGGGCGAGCCGGGUACCGAGCUGACGACCGUGGGCGAGAUGUUAGAAGUCGAUAACGUGCUGGCUGGACCGUUUACGUUCGACGACGGCAAGUGCGCUGUCGCGGAGGGCAAUCCGUUUGGCGCGGGCCGCACCGUGCAGCCGUGCGUGGCGACGUUCUGGCUGCCGUAUGGAUUAGUUUCGGGGACGUAUAGUCUGGUGUGGGCGUGGCAUUUUCCCAAGAUCCCGGCGUGCGAGACGGGGGCUACGUUGGAGUUUUAUACGUCGUGUUUGGAUAUCUACGUUGAUAAUUCGUGAUGUUGUGUGUACUUUUUCAUCCUGGCGUCGGUUUGGUUUAUCUAAUUGCUUAUAAUAUAAUACAUCUGCUC